AUGGAUGAAUAUGAAUCAUAUGGCCUUUUUUGUUGUUAUGUUAGUCCAGUGGUGGCUAAUGUUUAUUUAGUUGUACAGGUUAGUCAGCUUGGUACUGCAACCCAAAAAUAUCAAAUAGCUACUCAAAAUGCUUCUUCCAAUCUCUCACUUCCAGAGAUGCAAAAUAACUGUAAUAUGUUUGUGGCAUCAGCUCGCCAUUUGGAAAAAACUUUGGAGGUGUCGUUGGUGAAUGAUUUAGGCUAUACGAAGAGAUACGUACGCUGCUUGCAGAUUUCUGAAGUGGUUAAUAGUAUGAAAGUCUUGAUUGAUUACAGUCGAGAAACAGGGAUAGGACCUAUGGAGAGUUUGAACAAGUUCCCUCGAAGGACUAGUACGCCAUCUGGGGUUCACAGUCAAGCACAACAAUCUGUAGAACAGCUACAAUAG